AUGGGACAUGACCACGGACCGAAGAUACCUUCAUAUACAUUAUAUGAUAAUUAUCGCGAGAUACCAAAGCUUCGAGUAUAUGAAGAAAGGCUAGCGCGGAUCGGUCUGAAAGACCCCUGGAUAAGGAAUUAUUCAUACAUGUUCAUGGGGCGAUUUACUGCUGAUCCGUGGGAUAGCUUUAAAUAUAUGAUUCGUGCUGGCUGGAAGUUAGGAUGUGGUGUUGCGGCUGCGGUAAUAGCUGUAGAAGAAUCAUACAUGUACUGGAAGUAUGGGCAUACACAUUGGGGAAAAAAGCACCAUUAG